CGGGUGCUGAUGUGUUGAUGACAAAUACAUAUCAAGCCAGUAUUGGAGGAUUUAUAAAAUAUCUUGGACUGAGCAAGGAAGCAAGCUAUGAGUUGAUUAAAACAGCAGUAAGUUUGGCAAAAUUAGCUUGCUCACUCUAUGCUACAGAGGUGGGAUCCACUGCAGAUGCACGCAAGAUACUAAUAGCAGGUGCGGUAGGACCAUAUGGGACUGCUCUACAUGACUGCUCAGAGUACACAGGCAGCUAUGUGGCACAUGUGAGUCGCAAGGAAAUUGCUGAUUGGCAUCGACCAAGAAUACAAGCACUGGUGGAGGCUGGUGUUGAUAUCCUUGCUUUUGAGACCAUUCCUGCUCAGUCAGAAGGAGAAGCUCUGAUGGAUCUGCUCAAGGAGUUUCCUGAACAGAAAGCUUGGCUUUCUUUCUCAUGUAAGGAUGAGUUCCACACAUGUUACGGUGAAAAGUUCCAGUCUGUGGCUCGCAGAUGUUGGGAAAUCAAUCCUUCUCAGCUUGUGGCAGUUGGUGUGAACUGUGUGAGCCCAAAAUAUGUGUCACCACUUCUUAGGGGUAUCAAUGCUGACAGAUCAGACAAUCCAUUUCCACUCAUUGCCUCUCCUAAUAGUGGAGAGAACUAUGACAUACAGAAAGGAUGGACUGAUCGUGAAAAGUGCUGUCCAGUUGAGAAUUAUGUACCAGAAUGGUUGACUUUGGGAGUAACUUACAUCGGUGGCUGCUGUCGGACAUAUGCUGCUGAUAUAGCUAGGAUUAAGGAAGAAGUCAACAAAUGGACAUCAGAAAGGAAGAAAAUUAAAAUUAAUGGCCAUACUUAGUUAAAUUAAUUUUACGUAAUGAUCAAGAGGCAGUGACAUAGGCUGAAUUUUCUUAUCCUACAUGUUAUAUACAGCUAUCUUAAUAUACUGCCGCUGCUGCUGAUGACAACAAUACUAAUCUUCUACUGCUACUGCUACUACUACUACUACUACUACUACUACUACUA